AGGAAUAAAUUUUUACCAACUUUACCUCCUUAUUAUCCUUUUCUUCAUCUUCUUUAUAUACCCAAAAGCUCAAUUCUUUCAACACAAUUGAACCUUUUUGCCAAUUUUUAGUAGUGCAUGGCUCAACUACCACCAAAAGUUCCUACAAUGGCACACAAUUGGCCUUUUCAAAACAUGCCUCCAUUGCCUAAUUCCUCCACCAUCGUCGCCAAUCACCACAGUAGUAAUUCCUGGGUCGACGAUUUCCUGGAUUUCUCGUCGGCCCGAAGGAAUUCUCACCGGAGAUCGGUUAGCGACCCGAUUGCAUUCGUGGAGGCUCCUUUUCUCCAGCAAUGUCGGGGCACCGGGUUGAAUAAUGGAUUCGAUAAAUUGGAUGAUGAACAACUUACUACUAUGUUUUCCGAUGAUAGCGGCGGCGGCGGCGGCGGCGGUACUGCAUUUUCUGUUACGGCGCCGUCGUCAAAUCCGUCGAGUACGAAUCCUUCUACGCCGUCUGAUCAAAUCAGCGAAAAUGAAGAUCAGAAAUCACCGUUUCGACUAGUAGAUGUUAAUCAAGUGGUUCAACCGAAGAAUGAGCCAGGAGAAGAUGAUAGUGAUAAUCAAUCGGCGGCAGCUAAUAAAAAUCCUGCUAAUGAUUCUUCUGAUAAUAAUUCUAUUGUGGAUCCAAAGAGGAUUAAGAGAAUUUUAGCAAACAGGCAAUCAGCUCAAAGAUCUAGAGUUAGAAAGUUACAGUACAUUUCAGAACUGGAAAGAAGUGUAACCACUCUGCAAACUGAAGUAUCAGCAUUGUCACCAAGAGUUGCUUUUUUGGAUCAUCAAAGGCUGCUUCUUAACGUUGAUAAUAGCGCACUCAGGCAACGAAUUGCAGCUUUGGCUCAAGAUAAGAUUUUUAAAGAUGCACAUCAAGAAGCACUGAAGAAAGAAAUUGAGAGAUUAAGACAGAUUUAUCAUGAACAAAACUUGAAGAAAAUGAACAACAACGGUACCGCCGAUGCACCACCGUCAGCAACGGCGCCGCCGAUGAGUUGCACGGAAGAAGCGUAAGCUUCUUAAAAAUGUAUUGCCUUCAGCUAACUUACGCCUUCACGUGAUGUGUUCCUAUUUUCUCUUAUGGACCCCUUUUCACUAGCUGUGAUAAUUUAACAUGAUUUUUGGAAAUUAAUUCCUACUAUUUGAUUUAAAAUAGUAGUAGGAAAUAGUUCAUUUGAUAUUUGGAAAAAAAAAAAAAAAGAAGCAAACCCAAAAGUUUGCUUUGUUUUGUACUUUAUUGUGUGACUAAUUUUUUUCUAUUAUCUAGUAUUUUACGAAGUAUCAUUUUAAUUUUGGUCAUGUUAAUUAGGGUUGAGAUUGAGUCGAUUUAAUUUAAUUUGUGACUGAUUUGUGAAUCUUGUAUUUUAUUUGAUUGUACAAGAAAAAGGGUGGUUGGGAAUUUUUAACAAUGUAAUUUGUAAGGGUAGUUUUUGGUUGUUAAUUUUGAUGAAUUUUCGUAUUGUAAUUUCUUUAUAGUUCUAUGGUAUAAUAACUUGUAUACCUUCUAAAUUUGUUCUUAAGGAAUGUAAGGACAAAUGAA